GAAGUGGAGAUGAAAUUAGAAUCUUCUUAGUGAUAAGAAGUAAUUUAAAUAAUCAAGGACACCAACAUGACUGAUGCUACAAAAGAGCCUGAAAAGUUCAAAUAUCAAGCUGCAGCAUUCCUGACAGGGGUUGCUGGAGUCUCAAUGCUGGGUGGAUUUGGCAUGACACUUGGUAUGGCCAAAAAGAAGGAUCCCAACAUGUUCAACAAGGGCAUCAUGGGAGCCCGGGAGCUGCAUGAGGCAGGAGGUGCCCUUGCCCUCAGAGCUCUGGGCUGGGGUUCGCUGUAUGCUGUUGCAGGCUUUUCAGUGUUUUGUUUCUCAAUCUGGAAACUCUCUGGUGCUAAAGAUCUGAAAGAUUUCCGAAUGAAGGCCGGAAGUGUUCUUCCCAGGAUUCCAAAGAAUGAUCCUCCUCAGUCCAGGACAGAGUUUAGUGGUCUGACAGACCUCUUGCAGUACAUUAUUACAGAAGAUGAGAGGAAGAAACAAGGACUAAAGGAAACACCUGAGGCAGCAGACAAACAGCAAUGAUAUCUAAUCCAUCAAGGAAUUGUACAUAAGAGUGUUGUGUGUUAAUGUUCAUAAUGACAGUGUGCAUGAUACAGGAUGCACAGUAUUAAUGGAUUGUUUAUUAUAAAGGAUAUGCA